AUUGCUACCAUGAAGAGAAUCAGCUGAUCAUAAUGUUGACAAUGCAACCUCCACCACAUUGCUUUCGCCUCCGAUGUUCCUAACUUUAACAUUUAAAGAACGAACAUUUAAAGAACGUUGCAGUCCGCAGUGUUCGGUCGAUGCGUUCAAUAUUUAGUGGUCUGCUUGUGUUUGCUUGAGUCGCUGGUUGUUGCAGAUCGACCGGAUCGACCUGAGGUCCAGACGAACCAGGACCAGCACCAUGGACAUCCAGGAUGAGAGGAGACGGCUGCUUGAUGCCGAAGGGACCGAUGAGUACGAAACGGUCACCGGCGUACGCUCCGAGCAAGAUAUCUACCUUGACAAAGUGCAGAACGGGAAGCUGUACCUUGCUGUGUUCGUGUCGGUGCUGGGUCCCCUGAGCUUCGGCUUUGUGCUGGGCUACAGCUCCCCCGCCAUCCCGGACCUGAUCACGACCAAUGACGACCGCGUGCGGCUCAACAACGACCAGGCCUCCUGGUUUGGGUCCAUAGUAACGCUGGGUGCCGCGGUGGGGGGUCUUCUCGGCGGUUGGUUGGUGGAGAGGAUUGGCAGGAAGCUCAGUCUGAUGUUCUGCUCGUUGCCCUUCGUCUUCGGCUUCGCCAUCAUCACCGCAGCACAGAACCUCUGGAUGCUCUACGUUGGCCGCGCGCUCACAGGCCUCGCCAGCGGAGUCACCUCCCUGGUCGUCCCUGUCUACAUCUCUGAGAUUGCCCACGAGCGCGUGCGUGGCACCAUGGGCUCGUGCGUGCAGCUCAUGGUCGUGACGGGCAUCUGUGGGGCGUACGUGGCCGGGACGUACCUUGGAUGGCGCUGGCUUGCGUUGUGCUGCUCGCUGCCCCCCACCCUGCUGAUCGUGGGGAUGUGCUUCAUGCCCGAGACGCCGCGGUACCUCCUGUCACAGGGCAAGCGGCGGGAGGCCGAGGAGGCCCUGCGCUUCCUGCGAGGCCCCGACGCCCCGGUGCAGUGGGAGUGCGCCCGCAUCGAAGAGGCCUGCGACCAUCAGGGAGCAGGUUUCAAGGUGUCUGACCUGCUGGAGCCCUGCGUCUACAAGCCGCUGGCCAUCGGCGUGCUGCUCAUGUUCUUCCAGCAGGCCACGGGCAUCAACGCCAUCAUGUUCUACGCAGAGAACAUCUUCGAGGACGCACACUUUGACAACCGGGCGCUGGGGACGGUGAUCGUGGGCCUGACACAGGUCUUCUUCACGGGGAUCGCAGCCCUCAUCAUGGACCGGGCCGGACGCAAGGUCCUGCUCUGUAUCUCAGGGGUUGCUAUGACAAUCAGCGCUGCUGUGUUUGGCGUGUUCUUCCACCUGACGACAGGCCGGCAUAACAACACAUCUGUGAGGGCCAUGGCGUCAGGGGUCGAAGGGUCACUCGGGGCGGGGCCUGAGGUGGACCUGGCCUGGCUAGCGCUGGCUAGCAUGGGCAUCUUCAUCGCAGGAUUUGCGCUGGGCUGGGGACCAAUCCCGUGGCUCGUGAUGUCCGAGAUUUUCCCCUCUAAUGUGAAAGGCUUCGCCAGUGCGGUCUGUGUCCUUACAAACUGGGGCAACGCUUUCAUCAUCACCAAAUGCUUCCAGGACCUUCUGGCCCUACUCACCAAUGCUGGGACCUUCUGGCUCUUUUCCAGCAUGUGUGCGAUCAAUGUGGUCUUCACCAUUGCCUUCGUCCCCGAGACGAAGGGCAAGACACUUGAGCAGAUCCAGGACAACUUUAGAGGAACACCGGCUCAGUGAGCAGCCGGGAGAUGCUCUCCUCUAAAGACCUACUUAAUGAAGCCACUGCUCCUUCAUGCUCCUCCGACUCCUCCUACUGCUGCGGGAGUAAAGUCCUUAUCUCUGUACAGGUUCCAUUCAUAAAGUUGGUGAAAACUUCAGACUGUCAGGAACAAAGGAUUGGUGGUGUUUCUUUUUUUAUUAGUACAACUUUACCUGUUGCACAUACUGUACUUCAUGUCAUAACUAUAUAUCUCAGUGUGACAUUUAAGUUAGUCAUUUACACAGGGGACCUGGGAGGGUUUUGUAAAAGGUGAUUCAGAAUGCACUGUAUUGGACAUUUCCUGUUGAAUAUUUGUUUUUUUGCGACUGAAUGAAGCUCAGUGACAUGAACAGGACAUUGAUUCUUUACACACGCAACGUACCCUUCUCUGGUACCCUUUUAGUUUUUCAACCUAAUUUAUAGAUGUUUUGUAUAGAAAUUAUAAUCAAUGCCUUUUAAAAUAACAUUGCUGCAGUUUUUUUUGCAAAGCAUUUCUGACCUGUAGUAGUAUGUAGUUUGUAUUCAAAUUAAAAAUGUAUUUUUACAAUUUACAAUUUACAGAUUUGUUUUAUAAAUGUUGGCCAUAGAAAUCGCAAUUCUUGAAUCUUAUGCCUAAACUAAAACCUUUUAGUACUUGAUAUAACAAAUUAUGUUGAUGUAGGCUGAAAUCUCAUUAUUUUGGCCUGAUUUAUAGUAGUAGUAUAGUAGUGAUAGUUUUUCAGAUUUUCCAGAUUUCGCCUAAUCUGCAGCGCCCAAUCUGGCAACGCCGGCUGCUGCAUUAGUCUACAUAUCUGGGUGAUUUCUGCAACUAACACUUGUUACUGUCAUAAAAAAAAUCAUGCUUCCAUAUGAGCCGGUUUGCGAAAGGUCUUGAUGACAAUUAAUUGUGAACCUAAAGACAAAGCUUGGGAAAAAGUCACGCCCUUUCCGUUAGAGCCCAUGGGACCUAUGGAUUGAAAAAUAUGAAUGGGUUUCAAUGGAGAGAAAGUAGUUAUUUUCUGGUCCCAGUCAUUACACAUAUGUUGAUUGUGGAUUUAAAUUAUAUUUUUUCAGGUUAAGACUUAGACCGUUUAUUGUGCAAUUGUUCGGUUAAAGGCUGUAGAGAAAACACAAUGAGAAAGACUACACGUCUCGUAUGUGACGUCACGCUCCCUGCGACUGGCGUGAACAAGACCGACAAUCUUAUGGAGGUAGAUUUGUGUCUUUAUUAUGCAAUAAAACAGAAUAGGUUUGAGAGCAAAACUUUCCACACUGCAAUCAAAAAAUAGAUGUGAGAGCAAAACUGUCGACACUGCAAUCAAAAAAUGUUUUAUUGCAAGUAAAAUAAAUGUGAUAAAAAAAUAAGUAACGAGAGAGGGAGUUUUGAAGUCCAUGAUGAGACAGAGCGGGACUCUGGAGCUGAGAGGACAGAUAAUCAAGGCGCAGGUAUGUCUUCCGUCAUAGUAAUAGCAAGAAUGUUAUGUUUGAACUGGUGCAUGUAGAUUUUUUUGUUUAAUGAUCUGUGGAUAUUGUAAUGGUUUAAAAAAUGCACAAUAUUUUGUCAGAUCGAGACUGGCCAA